UGGGCCGGAGGCAAAGCUGUUGGCCUCCGCUCCUCUGUGAUCCCAAACCCUAACGGCCUCACAUAUAAAUAAGGCCUUCGUACCAUCGCCACCAAAACCCUAGGAGGGUCGAAGAAGCUAGAACAAGGAGGCAUCCCGUCUUCUCUCCUCUCUCUAGAUCUCCUCUUGUCAGGUCGCUCGAUUGAUCUCGCGAUGGCCACCGGAGAGCUUGCCUGCUCCUACGCCGCUCUUAUCCUCCACGAUGAUGGCAUCCCCAUCACGGCGGAGAAGAUUUCCACCUUAGUGAAGGCCGCCAAUCUGAAGAUAGACUCCUACUGGGCUCCCCUCUUCGCCAAGCUGCUCGAGAAGAGGAGCGUUGACGACCUCAUUUUGAGCGUUGGAUCCGGGGGAGGCAGUGCUCCUGUUGCGGUCUCAGGGCCGGCUGGUGGUGCCGGCGGUGCAGCUGCCACUGCUGCCGCACCGGUAGUUGAGGAGAAGAAGGAGGAGCCGAAGGAGGAGAGUGAUGAUGAUAUGGGAUUCAGCUUAUUCGAUUAGAGAUCUUAGGCUAUUUCUUUCUUUUCAAUUUUAAGACAGAAAAAUUUUCAUUUUAUUCGUAAGAGCUCUCAUCCUUUAGAUUUUCAAUGUUUGGAAUGUGGACUUGAAUUGGAUACAUCUGAAGAGAUCAUUUUAUGUUUGUUAAGUGGAAUAUUGAGAUUUUUAUCGGCAAGCAUAUUUUAUGUUUUAGUUAAGUUUGUAGUGAUGUGGACGACACUGAUCAAUAAUCCAUGGUUGGUUCUCAAAUAAUCUUUUA